AUGACUCUAUCUUCUUCUCUUUCUCUCCCUCACUUCCGUUCCUCCUUUCUUUCUUCCCCUCUUAAAUCUUUCUCUUCCACUCCAUCCUCUAGAAAUAUCAUUAUUCAACCAAAACAUACACUUUAUCCACGUAUUAGAGCUAUUGAACUUGAUCAAAAUACGGUUAUAGCUAUAACUGUUGGUGUUUUGAGUGUGGCUGUUGGAAUCGGCAUUCCAGUGUUCUAUGAAACUCAAAUUGAUAAUGCAGCUAAGAGAGAUAACACACAGCCAUGCUUCCCAUGCAAUGGAUCUGGAGCUCAGAAAUGCAGAUUUUGUUUGGGAACUGGCAAUGUGACAGUUGAACUUGGUGGAGCUGAGACAGAGGUUUCGCGUUGUAUAAACUGUGAUGGCGCUGGUUCACUGACAUGCACAACUUGUCAAGGUUCAGGAAUUCAACCUCGUUACCUUGACCGUAGAGAGUUCAAAGACGAUGACUGA